AUGGAGACGGAGCCCGUGAGCGCGGCCACGGGGGCCACGGGCUCCGUCCUCAGGAAGCUGGGCGAUCUGCUGGCCGGCGACCACGCGGUUCCCAAUGGCGACGACGUCGAGUCCCUCAUGGCGGAGCUCCAGGGGGUGCACGCCUCCCUCAAGGCAACAUCCCGGGCGGAGGAUCCCGGCGAGCGAGGCAGGCGCUGGAUGAAGGAGGCGCGGGAGCUCUCGUACGACGUGGAGGACGCCCUAGACGAGUUCAUGCUCCCUCCCCGCGACGGAUCUGGUACUGGUGAUACUACCUCAGACGGCUUCUCUGAAAAGAUCGGCGCCUGGUUGAGGGAGGCGGCGGCUCGCCGUCGGACAGGCCAAGAGAUCACCGACAGCAUCUCCAGGGCCGGCGGCGUCGAGGCGGAGGAUCCCCGGGACUGCUCUCUCUACAAGGAGAUGCGUGAGCCCGUGGGCCUCGACGGGCCCGCUGCUGAACUCGUCAGAAUGGUGGACGGGGGAGGGAAGCAGUUGGAGGUGGUUUCCAUCGUCGGGUGUGGCGGGCUGGGCAAGACCACUCUUGCUCGUCGUGUCUACGACACACUGGGUGAGCAGUUUGAGUGCCGGGCUUUCGUCUCCGUCUCCCGGAAACCUCAUGUGGUGGCAAUUUUGAGGGAUAUUCUCAGCCAACUGGGGUGUGAGUAUGAUCAAACCUUAACUGGGGAUGCGCAAUCGCUCGUCGACAGCGUCUCUAAUUUCCUUAAGGAUAAAAGGUACUUGAUCAUAGUAGAUGAUGUAUGGGAUGUUCAAACAUGGGAUAUUAUUAAGGGUGCCUUUCCAAACAGCAAUUCUGGCAGCAGAAUAAUCACGACAACGCGUAUACAUGAAGUAGCCAAAUCAUGCAGUGCUUCAUGUGGUGGUCGAGUUUAUACGUUAAGCCCUCUCAGUACCGUGGACUCGGAAAGGUUGUUUUUCAAUAUGGUGUUUAAUUCCGGUGAGCACUGCCCGCCCCACCUCAAAAGAGUUUUUGACAAAAUCUUGCAGAAAUGUGGUGGUCUGCCCCUGGCAAUUAUUGCUAUAUCCGGCUUGCUGGUUGCCAACACGCAUGAAGAUCAAUGGGAGCAAAUGUACAGCUCUAUCAGGCAUGGACUCGGAAGCAACCCUGCUGUUGAAAGAACCAUGAGGAUUUUGUUGCUUGGCUACUUUGAUCUUACCCCUUGCCUAAAAUCUUGCCUGCUUUAUCUCAGUGUAUUCCCGGAAGGUUAUGCUAUCAAGAAGGAACGUCUGGUAUUGAGAUGGAUUGCCGAGGGGUUCAUUCCUGAAGAGCAUGGGCACACCCUAUAUGAGUCAGGAGAGAGGUGUUUGAACGAGCUCAUCAGCUGGAACCUGAUCCAAUCAGGGGAGAUAACUAAGUUUGGUGAGGUGGAAACCUGUCGAGUCCAUGGCAUAAUUCUUGAUUUCCUCGUAUCCAUGGCAAACCAAGACAAUUUUGUUACUUUCAUUGGUGUACCUGGUGCAAAUCCUGAGCCACAAAACAAAGCCCGUCGAUUGUCCCUACAGGGUGACAGUGAAAUUCCAGCAUAUCUUAUUUUGUGUAAUGCCCGGUCACUUUCUGUUUUUGGUGGUUGUGUUAAAAUGCCAUCCCUCUCGAAGUUCAGACACUUGCAUAUUUUCGACAUGGAAGGUUCUGGGGAAGUAGAAGAUCAACAUCUUGCAGAAAUAGGUGGUCUGGUCCAUCUUAAGUACCUGAGGCUCAAGUCAAAAAUUGGGAAGCUUCCCCAACAAAUAGCAGAGUUACAGUACUUGGAGUCACUUGAGGUAUGCGAAAGCAAUGCGACAACCGAAAUUCCAUCAGCCAUCAAUCAACUCACACAAUUGGCAUGUCUAGUUGUUAACGAUGAAACUGUAUUACCGGAUGAAAUUGGUGGCCUCAAAGCAUUGCAAGUGUUGAGAGGUAUCAAUGUCAACACCCAGUCCACCAACUUUGUUCGGCAACUCUGUCUACUAUCAAACCUGAUGGAGCUAAGCAUAAGUUUUAUCAACUAUUAUGCUGGUGAUAACUGGAAGGAGAACCAGGAAGAGAUGGUCAAUUCGAUAUGUCGGCUAGGCGGAGCAAACCUUCAUGUUCUACACAUUACUAUCAACGAGGGAGCAGAUGAGAUCUUCGAGGAGUCAUGGAGCCCUGCUCCACUUAGUCUCCGGGAACUUGUCGUCGAGGUGGGCAUUGUCUCAAGUGUUCCAAGAUGGAUUGGCUCACUUGUCAACCUCCAGAAAUUGGUGGUACCUAUGUGGGAAGUUGGGGAGGAGGACCUGGUGAUCCUGGGAAGCCUACCUGAUCUGCGCCAUCUUAGCCUCACUGCACUGGCAGCUGGGUCAAAAGAAGGGCGGCUUAGGGUCACCCAAAGCCAUGGGUUCCCUUCAUUGAUCAAUUUCCAGAUCGGCGGAGAAGAGUGUGCGCUUGGGUUGGUUUUUGAAGCUGGUUCCAUGCCAAAGCUACAACAUCUUGAGCUCGAGUUCGACGUGGAGGAAACUAGUUCUGUGACUGAUGGUGGUUUUGAUUUUGGCAUCAAGCAUCUCUCCUGCCUCACAAGCACAACGGUCCGCUCUACUUACGACGAAUCCAUUCGUCCCACGCUGGAGGCUGCCAUGGAGAGAUGCAUCUACGACCAUCCCAACCGUCCCAUGUUGAUAUGGAUGAAAUGA